AUGCAGGCUUUCCUCAGCUUUGGUCUCCUCUCAGCACUGAUAGCCAGUGGUUUUACUCUGGAAUGUGAAGUUUGCACUGGUCAAGGUUACAACUGUUCCGGUAAAAUAGAAGUAUGUCCUUCAGAACAUGACUCUUGUGGUAUUAUUGCAUUUGAAAGUGUAUUGGAAAAACUUCAGGCUCAAGGGAUUAUUAAAAGCUGUGUUCCAUCAAGUGUCUGCGAAGGUGGUUCUGCUCACAUUAAUCUGGGUAAAAAAGGAAGAUCAAGGACCAGUGUUUUUUGCUGUAAGCACAAUGCCUGCAAUACAGAUUUUCCAGUCAAAUUGCCAGAAUUAGAUACCAAGGUCAAUGGUCUUCAGUGCCCUGCCUGCUAUGCUUCAUUUCCUGAUUCUUGUAAGGAUGACACUGUUGAUUGUGUUGGAUCCGAGUCUCAGUGCAUUGAUUUGGCUGGAUACAUACAUUUUGAAGAAACAUCUACAAAAGUUGCCAUGAAGGGCUGCACUACCCAUGCUGUCUGUGAUGCUACCAUUGGAGGUGCGGCAACAUUUAGCCAGGCCAGUUCAACAAUUACCAACCUUGAAUGCACACCAGCCGUUAGCACAGCCAGCAGCUUUCCUGGACCAGUGAGACUCUUCUUUUUAGUCAUGUCGAGCUUCCUGAGGCUGCAGCUCUGAUCCUAACAGGGCCAACUGUGUUUAUGAGCAAAUGAUGCAGAUGCUAAACCAAAGAUGUUAAUCUUUGGGUCUCUGGUAUCACUGAUGGAAAAUUUCUUGGUGAGCUGAGCAUUAGCCAUUUGAUGCCUUAAGGCCUAAUCCAUCAUCAUGCCGGUUGUUUACAGCUUACAGCAUUUAUUAUGGAAAGCGGUUAUUUAACCACCAGUUCUGAUUUGAACUGUUAUCAUAGUCAUAGCAGUUGAUAUAAUACUGACGCAUUGAUGUGUUGGUUAAAGACUGAACUCAUCUGUUAGGGUCAUAUUUGAUAUAGCAUUUUUAGCCUUCUCAUUCAAUUUGAUGGGAAUGGAAAGGGCAUGUUAAAAAAUGAUUGCCUAUUUUUUUCAAGCAAGGUUGAAAAAUUGGAAUCCUUGAUCUUAAUUCCCAAGCAGUUGAGAGAGCCCCAUUCUGUACUAUUCAAUGAUCUCCCAGGCAGUAUGGAGUUUCCUAGCUCUCAGUAAAAUCCCAAGAGAAAAUGUAAUAUAAUGAGUGAAGUCUGCAAAGCCUUUCUCAGCUCUGGAGAAAGCACGGACCACUUAAAGGAAUGCUGUGAUGAAAUGCUUGAAGAUUCUUCUACUGUAAGGCCCUUUCCCCUCUGACACUGACCCCAUGUUAUUUUACUGCUGCUGUACCUUCAUGAUAUUUCAUAAAUAUCCUCAUGGCUGCACCCUAGAGUUGUAAUGGAUGAAGGGAGAGACAUGUGAAAGGACUGUCUGACCAAUGCAAGACAAUUGUCACUUCCCUCCCACCCUUUUUGAUCCUUCCACAAUAUGGGGGGGGGGGGGUGGAGAUACUAACCUUCUGGGUGCUCCUGAAGUACUCAGGGCAGGAGGAAUAUAAACCAAGGAACCUGAGGACUUUGACUUCAGGUAGCAGUGGAACAAUUCAAGAAAAGUGAGAUGAGGUGAAGCAGAGGACCUUCAAAGAGAAGUUCUCUUCUUUGCUACUAUCCUUUUGAAGUAUUUUGACUGGAUCAGGAGCGGAGCUGAAAGUUAAGCUUUCCAAAGCUUUUGAUGUGAUAAGAAUGAGUGGGGCAACUGAUCUGAAGUCAAUGGUGGCCCACAUGUGGAAGGAACUGAAAAAAAAAGCUGAGAAUGUUGUAGAAAAACAGAUGCCUUUUUUCGACGGAAGAACAGAUUUCAGUUCAGAAUUAGUAUAAAGUUUUCCUCUUUCAGACCAAUGUUAGAAUCUUUUCUGCAGCAAAUGUGAAUUUUGGAGAAAUUUGAGUUGCUAGAUGCUGAGGUGGUUUUAUGGCUAUUGAUACUAAGUCACAAACCCGCCUCUCCUCUAUGUUCCCCUACUUAUUGUAAUAAAUGAAUAUAUAUAGUAAUUGUCA